CCCGAAACAUUGAUUGUUCAUUUCCAAAGAUACAGCUUGGCCGACUGAGUUCCUUUCGCAUUUUGCGUGUUGCUCCUGUCCCGCCAGCUACUGCUCCGCCCGCCGCUUUGCAAUGAACCUCCCCUCCGAUUUCGCCCCGGCUGCUGCAGUCCCACUGCUCCCCUCCGCAGCUGUCCCAACCAUCUGGCCUCGGCCCCGGCCCCAGCCCCAGCCCUCUGGUCCCGCCCACUGCUGCCCCAGCCCGGCCCCAACUCUACGUCCGGGGCGGAAGCGACGCGCUAGGAGUGAAGGAGCCGAGGCCAAUUCGGCGGGGAGCAGCAGACGGUAUCGGGGUUGCAUUGUUCCAGUUGCUGAAAUGGUUGUGCAGGGGGAAGAUGAUGAUUUUGAAACUUGCUACACAAAGGCUCAGUCCUGGAUACAAACAAUCCAUGAUCGUUUGCAAACCUGUGACAAAGUGCAAGGGUCAAAGGAAAUUCUUGAAGCCAGGCUGAAGGAGACAAAGGAAAUUUUGGCUAAGGAACCUGAAGGAAGCAUGUGGAUACAUAAGGUGCAGGUGAAGGCAGAUUUAUUGCUGGACCACACCAGUGAAGCCAAGAAGCACGAGAUCCAUCAGGCACUGAGAGAGAUCAAAACCACCUGGGAAGAUACCCAGACCAAUAUGGUUCAUUGUCACAGUCGGAUUGAGUGGGUUUUACUGCACUGGUUCGAGUAUUUGAAGGCAAGGGAAGACUAUUUCUCGUGGUUGGUAAAUAUGAAACGAAUGCUGGAGUCUGAUCUUGAAUUACAGCUGACCUUAAAGGAGAAGAAAUUUCAGCUAAGUCAUCACCAGACCCUGCUCAGUAGCAUCUUCAACCAGGCCGCUCUAUUGGAACGUCUCCUCCAAGAAUCGGGUUCCUUAUUUGCCACAACUGCAGAUGAGACUCUCAAUGAGAAAGGCCAGCAGGAAUUAAAAGCAAGUCACGAGGAUCUUGAGCAGAAAGCAAAGCAAAAGGUGACUGUUUUGGAAGAAAUAGUGCAAGAUCACCAGCUUUACCUGGACAGUCUGGAGAAGUUCCAAAACUGGUUGCAGUUAAUGACAGAAAAAUAUAGCAGUUGCAUCUCACACAAGAACUGCAAGGAUCACGUGGAUGGAUCACUUCAGGAACUGAUGGAGCUGAGUGAUAGCAUCAGUAGUAAGGAAGGGGAGCUAGAGAAUCUGAAGAGCCAGGCUGAAGCUGUAAUAAAGAACACAUCUCCCAAGGGUGCUGAGGAUAUCAACAGAGACUUGGAGCAACUGAGGACAGACUGGGAGGACCUGCAACGGAAGUGUGAACGGCAUCAGGCCCCCCUACAACGAGCACUGCAGAAUGUGCUAGAACAUCAAACCAGGACUCAGCUGCUGGAGAGAGAGCUGGCUGAGAUAUUGGACCAAUUACAGACUCUGGAACUCGAGCCUCCAGAUGAGAAUGAACCUGAAAUUGUGUGGCGUAACUGUCUGAUCACCAGGUCUUCAAUUUUAGCAGUGGAAUCGCGAGUGGAAGAACUUCAGAUGAAACUGAAAAAUCUUGGCAUGUCCUCACAGAACGACACUCUCUCUGCUCAGGUCCUGAAUGUCAUUCAGGAAUUUAACAGAGUGAAAGGAAAGAUAAUGAGGAGGUGCAGUCAGUUAGUGGAGAAUCUUCGCCAGGGCUUUCAGGAGCUGCUGAAAGAGUUUAAGCAAUGGAAGAACAACACCAGGAAUCUGCUGGACUCUGCCCUGGAUACCAAUGAUGAAGCAUUUACCAGCCUUUAUCUACAGCGCAUUGAGGACCAGUUGACUUGUAGCAGUGAACUACAGGUCAAACUUGACAGAUUUCGGGUACUUGAGGGGAUGCUGACCAAGGUUUUCAACAGUGAGCAGGCAGCAGCAUUUGGAGCUGAACUGCGGGAAGCUUCGUGGCAGCAAGAAUUCUUCACUGAUCUCCUGAUUAAGAGACGGGGGCAGAUACAGGCAAAUAAUCAAGGCCUUGCUAAUUACAAGCUAUUGAUGAAGAAGUUUGAAGAUUGGCUAAAAGGUGAAGAUCAAAAAUUAACAAAUAUCUUGGCUGCCAACAAUGCCAGGAACGGUAGGGAGAGGAAAAGAAGGAGACAAGUUUUGAAGGUGCUGAACUGUCAUGUACCUCAUGGUCAGAAGAUUUUUGAAGAGCUGAUAGGUGUUGAGUGUGCCAGAGUGAAUGAAGAAGAGAAACAGCUGGAAGAUUUGCGAUAUCGAUGGAUUUUGUAUAAAACAAAGCUCAGCGAAGCAGGAGACCUCCCGAGUCAAGGCCAAGAUGAAGUUGAAGAAUUUAGAAAGCCUUCGGGAGGGAUCUGCCGCUACCUCUCUCGCGCCUGUUGUGCUGCACUCCCUCUUCAGUUGCUCUUGCUCUUUUUAUUGCUGCUCGCCUUCCUCCUGCCUCUCAUCGAGGAACAGGACAGCUGCAGUGUGGUCAACAACUUUGCACGGUCGUUCUACCUGAUGCUGCGAUAUCAGGGUCCACCUCCAACGUAGCCAGAUGUGUUCUCAUUUCUCACAGCACAUCCAGUGCAAGCAGCUCCCUCAUCUUACUCUGAACGCUGUAUCCGAUAUAGCCAGCCUAGAACUGACUGGUGUCCGUUUCAUCAGAUAUGCUGCAAGAUUUACUCCAUUUUCUUGUCCUCUUCAUUGUAACAAAGCAGUAUUCAUCUCUUAUGCCUGACAGUAUGAGGCAGAAGAUUUUUUUUUAAGUGUUGAAGCAGUGAGAUAAUAAGAUCUGCUUUGCUUAACAUUCAUUUAUGGUAUUUAGCUGACAUUUCUCGUACAAUAACAUCAGAUUAUUUUAUAAACUUUUUAAAAUUUAUAAGCUAAAAAUAAUUUAUUAGGAAGGAUGUUUAAUCAUGUUGAAGUUUCAGGCUAAUAUUUGAGAUUGUAAUCUUCACCUUAUAUUGAAACAAUGAGACCUGAUUUUUAUUUGUAGAAUUUUAAGGAGUGUAUCUUCGUGAAUUUUGUGGGGGUUUUUUUGUUUAUUAAUGGCCAGAAAAGCAUUUAUCUGUUACAGUUACCCAUGGUGAAGUUUUCUCAACUGCAGAGCAGUUGUGUAAAUUAGAAAUGAUGAGAUAAAUGAUAAGUUCAGUUAUAAAUGAUACUGGCAAUUACAUGGUUAAUGUUUGGCCACCUCAUUGUUGUUACUUCUAAAGACUUUAAAAUAAUUAUUUAGAACCUCACAAAAGAAAUGAUUGUUCAGCCUGUCUUACUUGGGUAAAAAUUUGAAGGAGCUUUAUAAUUAGUUCCAGUCCCCUGAAAUUAAGGCCAUAAGACAUAGGAGCUGAAUUAGGCCAUUUGGUUCCUCAAGUCUGCUCCACCAGUCCAUCAUGGCUGAUUUCUUCACAACCAAUUUCUCUGUGUUAUUACUGAUCAGUUUCCAUUUCUCUCAAACAGAUUUCAGAUUGUAAUGGAAGUAAUUAACUGGGAAUAAAGAAUUAUCAGUUAACUGGAAUCCACUGAUUGAAAGGUGGCAAAUUAGUUUCAGUAACUUGAAGUAGAAUUGGACUUGCAUUUGAGGCAAAAAAAUUGCAGGACUGCAGAGAAGUUAAAAAAUGGGGUUGAUUUUAAAUACUCUUGAAUAGAAAAAAAAAGUCAAAAGCAUAGUUUAUUGUCAUCUGCACAGGUGCAAUGAAAUACUUACUUGCAGCAGCAUUAUAGGUACAUAGAAUCAGACUUGUGUAACCUGAAAUGUAAUGUUUUUAUAUUAAUGUUUCUAUAAUAUAGUGACUGAAGUUUCUGGAAAUUUUUUAUUGAUUACUUGUGAAUGAAUGGAUAUUCAAAAUCAUAGUUAAUCAUUCUCUACUUAAAAGAGAAUGAAGCAGUAGAAUAGCGGUUGGCGGUUAGCAUCUUGCUGUUACAGCACCAGUGAUCCAGGUUAAAUUCAGCUGCUAUCUUAAGGAGUUUGUACAUCUCCCUGUGAUCACAUGGGUUCCUUUUCAAUGCUCUGGUUUCCUCCCACAUUCCAGAGACAUAAAGUUAGUAGGUUAAUUGAUCAUAUGGGUGUAAUUGGGUGGCUUGGGCUGGAAGGACCUACUACCAUGCUAGAUCUCUAAAUGAAAACCACAUUAUUCUAGACACCAGGCAGCACCCUGGUUUCUAUUCUGUACCAUCUCCAAAGCCUCCACAUCCUUCCUGUAAUGGGGUGACCAGAAUUAGAUCAUAAGACAUGGGAGGAGAAUUAGGCCAUUUGGCCCAUUGAGCCUGCUCCGCCAUUCCAUCAUAGCUAAUUUAUUAUUCCUCUCAAUCCCAUUCUCCUGCCUUCUCCCCAUAACCUUUCACACCCAGCUUAAUCAAGAACCUGUCAACCUCUACCUUAAAUAUACCGAAUGACUUGGACUCCAUAGCUGUAAUUCCCACAGCCAGGCUACUCCCUGAUUAAAGAAAAUUUUCCUCAUCUCUGUUCUAAAUGGAUGUCUCUCAAUUCUGAAGCUGCGUCCUCUGGUUUCCCCCACUAUAGGAAACAUCCUCUCCAGAUCCACUUUAUUCAGACCUUUCAAAAUCCAAUAGAUUGCAAUGAGAUCUUCCCCUCACCCCUUCUGAACUCCCGUGAGUACGGGGCCAGAGUCAUCAAACGCUCCUCAUAUGUUAACUCUUUCAUUCCUGGAAUAAUUCUCUUGAAACUCUUCUGGACUCUCACUAGUGCCAGCAUGUAUUUUCUUAACAAGGAUCGCAAAGCUGCUUACAAUGCUGUAAGUGUAGUCUAACGAGUGCCUUAUAAAGCUUCAGCAUUAUGUCCUUGCUUUUGUAUUCUAGACCUCUCAAAAUGAAUGCUAACAUUGCAUUUGCCUUUCUUACCACUGACUCAGCCAGCAAGUUAAGUUUAGGAAAUCCUGCAUGAGGACUCCCAAGUCUCUGCACCUCUGAUUUUUGAAUUUUCUCCCCAUUGAGAAAAUAUUCCACUCCUUUAUUCCUUCUGCCAUUUCUUUGCCCUUUCUCCCAAUCUGUCUUAAGUCUUUCUGUAGACACCAUGCUUCCUCAACAUUACCUGCCCCUACAGCUAACUUUGUAUUGUCUGCAAACUUGGCCACAAAGCCAUCAAUUCUUUUAUCCAAAUCAUUGACAUAUAAUGUGAAAAGAAGUGGUCCAAAAAACAACUCAUGCGACACACCACUGGUCACUAGCAGCCAACCAGAAAAGGCCCCCUUUGUUCCCAUUCUUUGUCUCCUACCAGUCAGCUUAUCUUCUAUCCAUGCUACUGCCUUUCCUGUUAAACCAUGGGCUCUUGUGAAUAAGCCUGGUGUGUGGCACCUUGGCAAAGGACUUCUGAAAAUUCAAGUAAACCACAUCCACUGAGUCUCCUUUGUCUAUCCCACAUAUUAUUUCCUGAAAGCAUUCCAACAGAUUUGUCAGGCAAGAUAAACCCUUUGGUAAACAAUGCUGACUUUGGCCUAUUUUAUCAUGUGCUUCCAAGAACCCUGAGACCUCAUCCUCAAUAAACAAAAGAAAAUCUGCUAAUGCUUGAAUUUCAAGCAACACACACACGAAAUGCCAGAGGAACUCUGCAGGCCAGGCAGCAUCUAUGGAAAAAUUCAUAAAUCCUGCUGACCUGCAGAAUUCCUCCAGCAUUUUGUGUGUGUUGCCUUAAUAAUAGACUUAAUUAAAGUUGGGCUAACUGGCCUAUAAUUUCCCUUCCUCUGCUUUCCUCCCUUUUUAAAGAGUGAGGUGGCAUUUGCAAUUUUUGAGUCCUCAGAAACCAUUGCAGAAUCUAGGGAUUCUUGAAAGAUCAUUACUAAUGCCUCCACAAUCUUCAGCUACCUCUUUCAGAGCCCUGUGAUGAAGCUCAUCUGGUCCAGGUGAUUUAUCUAACACUAACUCUUUCAGCUUCCCAAGCACCUUCUCCUUCAUAAAAGCAACUGCAUUCACUUCUGUCCCCUGACACUCUCACAUUUCUUGCAUUUUGCUAGUGUCUUCCACAGUGAAGACUGAUGCAAAAUACUUAAGUUCCUAUGCCAUUUCUUUUUCCCCCAGAAAUGCACAUAAUACACCCAAGUAUGGCCUGACCAAAGUUUAGUACAGCUGUAACAUUAGUUAUAGAGAUGUAAGGCACAGUAAAAGGCCCUGAGCCCAUACAUGCCCAUGUUGGCAAGGAUGUAUGUUUAAUCCCAUUACCUGUCUACACAUUUAAAUGUAUCUAAUGUACCUGCAUCAACCACUUCCACUGUCAGCUGAUUCUGUGUAUCUAGUAUCCACGGUGUUGUUUAUUUGAUCCCCUUAGAUUCUUCUUAAUCCUGUCACCUCCAAGCUUAAAACUAUGUGUUCUAGUUUUCAAUUCCACGACCUUGGGAACUUUCGCUUGCAGCACUUCAGGGAAUGCAGUGAUUCAGGUAAGCAGCUCACUGCCACCGUCAUCAUGCCAACUCAGGAUGGACAAUUAUUGAUAUUGUCUUGUCUUGGAAUGUCCACAUCUUUUAAAUAAAUAAAUAUAAUUCUCAUUUCUAACCUCUCACUUCCAUACAUUGUACUCAGUCUGUCAUUUGAUUACCCAUUCCUGUAUCCUAGCUAUAUCGCUUUGCAGGCAUUUUGUCUUUCCUCAGCCUGACUUUGUAUUAAUAGCAAACAUUGGCACAAUAUCGAUUAUCCCUUCAUCUGGAUCAUUUCUACAAAAAGUGAAUAGUAGAACACACAAGAUAGGUAACUCCAAAGAUUCUUUUCCAUUCAGACUAGCCAAUAAUAUAAAGCUUGAUACUGAAAGCAUUUUCAGUUAUACAAAAUGUAUAAGGGAGGUGAGAGUUGAUAUUGGACCACUGGAAA